AUGGCCCUCAUAGGCUGCCUACUCAUUCUGUUCUCAAUAACUCUACUAGUAAGAACAUCAAAUUUUCUCCAUUGUGAUAACAAUUUCUUUUGCAGCAGAACUCCAAGCCGAUUUUGGCUCGCUAAACGUCAAAUCGCUCAGCGACUGGCAGAAUUCCAUGAUCAGUCAAAAAGAAGGGUUCUUAUUGCGAUGAACUCAUCCUUCUUUUCUAUAUACGAACAGAAAGAAUUUUUAUGUAGUGACGAGUUAUACACAGGAUUUCUUCUUCAUGAAGAUGCAACGGAAUGGAAUGUCAGUUGCUUAUGGACAGGCAAUGCAAUGGAAACGGGUUGCGCACCGGUGCCUACCAAUUAUAGUGUUGUCCCAUUCACAUAUAUUCCACCUUCCCAAUGGCGAAAACUAAUCAGAAAAUUUCGGGAAGAUAUUGGAUGUUCAGAGGCGAAGAUCAAUCAGAGUCGAGAGAUAGCUGAACUGUUCAUCUGCAACGAACGAUGCAUUCAAGCAGGAAUCGAUUCUUUACUUGUAAAUAUGGCUAAAGAUUACUACAAAAUCCUCGGUGUGGCGAAGGGUGCAAGUGACGACGAAAUCAAGAAGGCCUAUCGAAAAAUGGCUUUGAAGUACCACCCAGAUAAAAAUAAGGAAGCUGGAGCUGAGAAUAAAUUUAAGGAGAUUGCUGAGGCAUAUGAUGUGCUAUCAGAUCCGAAAAAGAAGGAGAUAUAUGACAAAUACGGAGAGGAUGGUCUUAAGAAUGGUGGACCCGAUGUGGGAGGAGGACCAGGCGGUUUUCACUAUGAAUUCCAAGGCGACCCAAUGCGCAUGUUCACACAAUUCUUCGGAUCAGACGAUCCGUUCGGUGGAAUUUUUGGAAUGGGUGGUGGACAUGGUCCAAAUGUGUUCUUUAAUAUGGGUGGUGGUGGUAUGGAUGAUGGAAUGAAUGGUUUCACAUCUUUUGGCGGAAUGCCUCACGGGCAUAGAAGAGCUGCGCCGAAACAGGACCCCACAGUGCAGCACGAGCUUCAAGUUAGUCUUGAGGACAUUUAUCACGGAUGCACCAAGAAAAUGAAAAUUACCAGGAAGGUGUUGAAUGCAGAUGGUCACUCGACACGCGUAGAGGACAAGGUUUUGACAAUUAACAUCAAACCAGGAUGGAAGAGUGGCACAAAAAUUACUUUCCCUAAAGAAGGCGACCAACAUCCUGGACGUGUACCAGCAGAUAUCGUGUUCGUGAUAAAGGAUAAGCCUCACAAAGUGUUCAAGCGUGAAGCUUGUGACAUUCGAUAUAUCCACCGCAUUUCACUUCGCGAUGCACUUUGUGGAUGCACAGUGGAGGUACCAACACUCAUUGGUCCUUCGACUACUUUGAGGCUCGACAGUGUCAAACCAAAUACAGUCAGAAGAAUUACCGGGAAGGGACUGCCAAAUCCAAAGGCCCCCGGCCACUACGGUGAUCUAAUCGUUCAAUUCGAAGUGGAAUUCCCUUCGAAGCCGAUCACAGACCCUAUUCAGCGCGACCAGCUGAUGAGAAUUCUUCCACCUUUGUCACAUGCGUAA